CCGAAGUCCGGCAAUUGAUUGCGCCAAAUUUGGGUAAAGUUCACUCACAACCCACACAACCCGUGCCACUACUUCAAGAGGUAGAGAUUUCGAUGGAGGAGAGGAUAUUGGAUUCCAACGAAGAUGGUCUACUAAACGUUGGUUGGCCUCGACACAGGCGUCCUCUCCAUUUCAAGGUUCCCUAGUUCCUUGUUCAUGUUGCAUGGGUUGGGAGUGGUUCUCUUCCUGUUUGCAAUUGUAGCUUGCCGCAAUGAAUGACGUCGUUGGCAAAGUUAUGACACAUCUAUUGAUCCUUUUGUUGUGGUUGUUCAUGUAAAAUACAAGGUAAGUUCGUUGUCCAUUUGAAGUACUUGGAAUGC